CCCUUGUCCCUGCUGUGUUUGUGCUGGGUUGCGGGUUUUGCAUCUUCUGAUGGCGAGAAUCUCCUUUCCUCUGAGUGAGAGCUGUCUGAUGUGCCUGGAAAGGCAGCAGGACCUAGGGGAUGACACAGGGACACAGGUGGCGAGACCUCGAUUCUCAUCCUGCUGCUCAGCCGUGUAAGUGAGGCCCGAGCCUCGCGGUCUUCUGGGCACCUCCUUCCUAAAUUCUGAACCUGUGUGAGUGUGAUGUUGGGAGAGACUCACGUCAGGUUUUAAUUCGGUGUCGAGUGCUGCCUGUUACAGCGACAGAGGGAGUGGGUCUGCGUUGUCCCUGUUUACAUACGACAGACAAGCGUCAGCGUUUCAGAAUAGACACUGUUAUGCAGUGUCCGCUGAUGAAGUCUUGCCCUCCGCAUGCAGUCACUCGACUUCAGGACCCAGAUUAGGGACAGUUGGUGCCAUUAAAUCCAUUUGGCUCAUCUGCAGUAAAUGGACAAUUCUCUUCCUUUUUUUUCCUUUUGAUUGUGCCAGAAGCAGCAAUUAUACUCAUAAUCCCCAGUGAAAAUAACAGCUGAGAAACGUCAGGAGGAGUGCAGGUGGCCUGCAGGUAUGUGGCAGACAGGGACAGGCGUGGAGCCUGUGGCCGGCGUGGGGGCUUUGCACGCACGGCGUGGGCUCUCUGGUUUGGGGGCAGGACGCCCGGGUGGGACGCACCCUCCCUCACGUGGACGUGGACCUGGAGCAAACCCUACAGUUUUCUCGGAGGACGUGGCCACUGCGUUACCAGAGUGCUCCGUCCUGCCUUUCCCUCUGCGGGCCCACGUGAGGCCCCCCCUGUCGGAAGGGCUGCUUCACUGAGCGGGGUCCGGCGGGGGUCCGGCCAUGCAGAGCAUGUGGCUCUGCUCACUCCUGACUUCUGUGUCAGCCCCAGGUGAGUACCCUCUAAAUCGGAACCCAGUCGAAGAAGUUUCCAUCAGUCCCAUGUCAGGCUCCGAUUCUUAGCUUCCUCGGGGAAACCAGUCACUCUGAAAAGUAGAUCUCCUGUCUUGUUUUGGAAAAAAAAAUCUUGUUUAAUUGUUUUUAGAGUAACACCUGAAGAGUUUUGUAGCCUCACCACCACGGGCAGUUGUGUCCCGACUUCCGGGGACGACGACACUCAGCUGUUCUUACGGUUUCUUCUUCUGUAAAGUGCACGCUCACUCCAUUGUGUUUGUUUAAUCUUUUAUGACCUUCUAUGAUGUUUAGUGACUUUCUCCAUAAAGCUUGUAAAUACUUUUUAAAAGGCUUGUUCUCGUAGUCACUGUAAGUUUGGCUUCCAGAGCAAAUGGCACUUUAAGACACGGCAUUUCACAAUUGGUUUAUUAUGGUUCGUGGGAAUGCCGGUGGUCAGUUUUAAACAUCCCACGCAGAAGAGGGGAGAAUUCCUUCCUUGUUUGUUUUUCUUUAACUUCUGGUUAUGAAAAAGUUCCAACUAAUAUGAAAGUGAAGCGAAGGGCGGCCUGCACCUCCGGGUGCCGUCUCGGCGCACAGUUCCGGCACCGGCCAGGCUGCCGUUUGCUGCCCUCCCCUUCUGCUCCGUUACGUACAAUCCGGGCAUUCCCUGUUCCAUUCCGAAAGACUUCAUUACGUGCUUCGGAAAGAUCAAAGUAACUACAAUACCGUCAUCACAUCCAAAAAGUUAGGAUGAGUUCUAUCAAAUAUUUACUCAGUGUGCCAGUGUUGCCACUCGUCGCAUAGGUUUGUCCCAGGAGGGAUCCGACCCGCUUGACGGAUGUGCCCUUCCAGUCUCUUUAGAGCCGUCUGUCCUCUGCCUUCCCGGCUGCGGAGUCGUGUCCCGCCGUGUCUCAGACUCAGGGAGCACCGUUCGUCCUGCUUGGCUGGCGGCUCCCUCCAGGCCGGGUGUCCCCGGCCCUCAUCCCCUGGGCUGGCUGCGUCAGUCGGCUUUGCUUUUGGCAGGGACGGGUGUGGGCCUGUCUGGCGUGGUGGUCAGAGGGCCCAGGCUGCCCCCGCUUCCUGCCGCAGGAAGGUGGCUGAGGCGCCAGGCCUUGGCAGCCUGAUCCGUCUGUCUGUCAGAAAGUUCUCCAUCAGCCGCGCCAAAGGGCCCUGUGGGCUCCGUGGUCACUGUCUGCACUCGUCCAUGGGGUCUGCAGGGGGCAGUGUUCUAAGUCUGUCACUCUGCUGGCUUUUGUUAUCAGGGGCUUUUUAUCAAAGAAACUUGCCCUCAACUGCUUGGUUGCUCCAAAUCCAGUUUCUCCAGGAGAGUCAGACUAAACUCUUUGUUCUUUCCCUUUACUUAUCAAUGUCCAGAAUGACUUGGUUCCCAAACACCCUAGAGGACUCCUUUUAACGUCAUUUCUAGUCACUCUGUUGACACCACUCAGUAGUAGAGUUCACCUUCUGUAGAUUCUCUUCUUUUUUAAAAAAAAACUUCUAUGUAGGCAAUCGUAUUUUUUCCCACUUCAAACCCUAUAACUUUUCUGUGUUUCUCUCAUUUUUGCUAUGGCUAAGACCUCCAUGUGGGUUGGUGUUGAAUGGGACUUUCAAAACCAUGUAAUUACAGAAAACUUAAAGCAUACUGUGAAGGCUGAAAGAAUUGUGUAGUAAAAACCCGUAUGUGGGCCACCUAGAUUCCAUAGUUUCAUCAUAUAUUUUGAUAGAUUUCAAAGUAAAUGCCAGAUAUCAGGGCACUUGCCCUAAAUAACAAAGGCUUCAGUGUGCAGACCCUUAACCAGAGCUCAGUGUGUGGCGGCUUUUUCCCUUGACAAAGAGUUCACACGAUGAAAUGUGCAGAUCCUAAAUAUACAUUUUUAGGGUUUUGACAGUUGCAUACACCUGUGUUGUCCAGACUCCCAUGGAGAUCCAGACAUACACCAUCACCCCGGAAAGUUCCCUCCUGCCCCCAGCCAGCCACUGCUCCCACCGUGCAGGACUGUACCUGCUCUGUGCCAAGACUGGGUCUGCGUGAGAACCCGCAGGACUCCUCGUCUGUGCGCACCCAGUGAGGAGGGAGGGUUCGCUUCCGGCCAAGCUGCCCGGCUGACUUUCCCAGGGACCUGCCCAGCGGACAGCUCUCUGCAGGGCACUCGUGUCCUGUUCGUUCCACACGAGAGUUCCUUGGUUUUGGUGGCUGGAGGGGAAGGGCCAUAGUUACCUGUGUGAAUGACAGUUAGAGGACUCAGCAUGUCUGAAAACUGAAAUCAGAACACAGACCUUAGACAGUUAACAUUAGGGAGGCCUCUGUUUUCUCACUUACAGGCCACAGCAUUUUUAUGACGAUGGUAGUACCGUUUUCAUCUCUGUCGUUACUAAUAUAAGGCACUUAAGGCAAAAUCUUACGUUUUUGAUUUAUGUCCAAAAGAAAAUGGUCCGUGUUUUUUACAGUGUACCUUCUAAGCACAGUCUGUGAUGAUGACCAGCAUUCUGUCCGUGCCUUGCUGAGGCAGACGGCUGAGUGUCCCACUGAGUGAGGGCCAUGGGUUUCCCUUCACCCCGGCACGGGAUCGCUUGAGUGCGUAUUUCCUCUGAAAUCUUUGAUUGUGCUCAACACUCGCCCUGUGCACACAGUUGGGGCAUCUUGCUGUUGGGAAAGCUGAUGGACUCGGGGCUCUAAGCUCAGCACAGACAGCCUGGUGGGGGGGGGGGCUGCCCCCUUGGCUCGCGGUUCCCCACCUCCGCCAUGGCUGCAGGAAGUCGGCUGUCGUGCACCCUGUCACUUCUCUGAGUGGGAAUUCCAGUCUUCUCUGUCUGCCCUGGAGGCUGUGUCCUUGGUCUGCAGCAGAUGGCUGCGACGUGCCUACACAUGCAUCCUUGGGAGGAUAUUAUCCUGCUUAUGAUUCCCUGAGGUUCUUGAAUCUGUAAUUUAUGUCUUUUACCAAAUUUGGAUAAUUUUUGCCAGUGUUUUUCAGUUUUUCCUGCUCCAUUUCUCCCUCCUCUCCUUCUUAAGCGUCUGUUCUCCAGCUUGGGUAACUCUGGGCCGUCUUCAUGUUCACUACCUCUUAUUCUCUGUCCUCCAAUCUGCUGUUAAGCUCACCUAGUAAAACUUUAAUUUCAGGUUUUCCUUUCCAGUUCCAGACUUUGUUUGGUUCUUUUUUUACAGUUCUGUUUCUCUGCCGAGUUUUCCCGUCUGUUUAUGCCUUAUCAGUGCAUUUUCCUUUACAUCCUGAACCUGCUGAUUGUGGAUGCUUUGCCUUGUCUGCUUGCAGCCUGCAUUCGGGGUGCAGAACGGAUGGAGAGUGGAAACAGGAUGGGAGUCCCAGCUUCUGGAGACGGGCUUCCUGGGAAUCUUCCUGUGCCCCCUCUGGACUCUGUCUCGGUUGCCCCGAGGGACCCCCACAUCCCAGAUUGUCGUGUGGGGCUUUCGGUGGCUGAUCUUCAGAAUCAUGCUCGGAGCAGGCCUGAUCAAGAUCCGGGGGGACCAGUGCUGGCGGGACCUCACCUGCAUGGACUUCCACUACGAGACGCAGCCAGUGCCCAACCCUGUGGCCUACUUCCUGCACCGCUCCCCGUGGUGGGUCCACCGCAUCGAGACGCUGGGCAACCACUUCCUGGAGCUCGUGGUGCCCUUCUUCGUCUUCCUGGGGCGGCGGAUGUGCGUCCUCCACGGGGUCUUACAGAUCCUGUUCCAGGUGGUCCUCAUCAUCAGCGGGAACCUGAGCUUCCUGAACUGGCUGACCAUCGUGCCCAGCAUCGCCUGCUUCGAUGACGCCACCUUGGGCUUCCUGUUUCCCUCUGGGCCAGGUGGCCUCAAGGAUCAAGUCCUGAAGAUGCAGAAGAAGGAAGGUCAAGGGGUCCAGCCCAUGCCAAGAUACGGCUGCAUGGUGCGGCAGGCGGUCAACCUUGCGAUGGGCGUCCUGGUCGCCUGGCUCAGCAUCCCUGUGGUCCUCAACCUGCUGAGUCCCAAGCAAGUCAUGAACAGCUCCUUCAACCCCCUCAGAAUCGUCAACACGUACGGGGCCUUUGGAAGCAUCACCAAGGAGCGCACGGAGGUCAUCCUGCAGGGCACGGCCAGCCCCAACGCCAGCGCGCCGGACGCCGUGUGGGAGGACUAUGAAUUCAAGUGCAAGCCGGGCAACCUGAGGAGGCGGCCGUGCCUCAUCUCCCCCUACCACCACCGCCUCGACUGGCUCAUGUGGUUCGCGGCCUUCCAGACCUACGAGCACAACGAGUGGAUCCUCCACCUAGCGGGCAAGCUCCUGGUCAACGACGCCCAGACCCUGUCGCUGCUGGCCUUCAACCCUUUUGCAGGCAGGGCCCCGCCCAGGUGGGUCCGGGGUGAGCACUACCGCUACAAGUUCAGCCAGCCUGGGGGCGGGCACGCCGCCGAUGGCAAGUGGUGGAUCCGCAGGAGGCUCGGUGCCUACUUCCCCCCGCUCAGCCUCCAGGACCUGAAGGGCUACUUCAAGGCCCGGGAGUGGCCGUACACAGAACUGGAAUAGAGUGGCCUGUGCCCGAGAAAUAAAGCGGGAGGCCACGCCAG